AUGGAUCCAUCCUUAUUGGAACAAUUUCUUGGUCCAUCAUCAACUCAAUUUCAAUUACCAUCAUUAAAUGAAGAUGAGAAUGAUGAGUUACAUCCAUUACUUAAUGUUGGAUUUCAACGAUUGACUCAUACGAGAAAAUCGUUGCCAGCUCGUCCUAAACCACCAUCAUCAUCAGGAGUUAAAUCUCGAUUAAAUUCUGAUAACGGUACAUCUUCUCGAUCAAGACCAGCUGUUGGAAUUCCGACACGACAUGUUACUGCAUCAAUAUCUGCAGGUAAAUAA